CGUCGUCGUCGUCGUCGUCGUCGUCGUCGUCGUCGUCGUCGUCGCCGUCGCCGUCGUCGUCAUCGUAGGGUCGGAGAAAAGAACGCGUUAUAUACAUACCAAACGUAUACCUCGGCAUUUAUAGAUACGUACACGCACACGCUGACGUGCUCAGUUUAGUUACACACCUUCUGUCUUGUCGCGGUGUGGACCAGGAGCCGAAAAAUUAGCGCCUCCCUGUUGAAGUCAUAUAACACGCGCGCAGGUAUCAGAGUGGCUGUGUAUUCUUAUUUGGUUUCCUCGCGACGAAUUUCACGGGGAUAUCAUGGCGGUGCCAACGGCCGGUGUAGUUGUACCAAGGAAUUUCCGUCUACUAGAAGAAUUGGAACAAGGUCAAAAGGGCGUUGGCGAUGGUACAAUCAGUUGGGGUUUAGAAAAUGACGAUGAUAUGACACUAACUCAUUGGACUGGAAUGAUUAUUGGACCACCUAGGACUCCGUAUGAAAAUAGGAUGUAUAGUCUUAAAAUUGAUUGUGGUCAAAGAUAUCCGGAUGAUGCUCCAAGUGUUAGAUUCUUAAGUAGAAUUAAUAUGAAUUGCAUUAAUAGUUCCACAGGAGCGGUGGAUAACAGAAGUGUACCUAUAUUAUCAAAGUGGCAACGUGAAUACACAAUUAAAACCGUUCUCACAGAAUUGCGUCGUUUAAUGACAUUAAAGGAAAAUAUGAAAUUAUCUCAGCCACCCGAGGGCAGCACAUUUUAGCCUAACCACAUGUAAAGUUUAUCACUUUUCUUGUAUGCGAAAUAGCACGAGCAAACAAAAAUCUACUAUGGUACCAAAUAAUAUUUGACUGGUACUCCAGAGCCGUAUGAUAAAGGAAAAACAAGUUAAUGAAGCAAGUGCUCACACACCUUCAUGAGCAUAACAGCAGUGUGUGUUGUGUGUUGGAUGGUCGAAUCCGUAUUUUUUUUUUGCAUUGGUAAGGUAUUUCUUAGAAUUAAAUGCUAUUAGUGAUUUUUUAACUGACAGGCUCUCAGCUUUAUGUAGAGGUACAACUGUACUCUAGACACAUAAGAUUUUUAACCUGUAAUCGCGUUAUACAUUUACUCUUACACAAUUAACAAUUACGAAAAUACAGAUUCGACAAGCCAAAUUUAUUAAUAUAUAGCAAAAAGUCAUAUUUUGAACCUUAAAAAAAAAAAGCUGGAAAUACGAACUGUGUAAUAAAAAUUCAUAUUCAGUAUGAAAAAAUAAUGCCUUCCAAGUUUUUUGAGUGAAAUGUUGCCUGUACUGUGAUUUAAUGAAUUUUAUUAUUUUACUGAUGCUAUUUUUACAUAUGUAUAUGUUUUGCUUGUUAAUUUCAAUGUUUUUAUAAUUCGUACAUAAACAUUUCAUGGUGUAAGUAGCUUAAUUUUUUGAGAUAUUUUUGUUUUUUAUAUUAAAACAAUUUGUUAUAAUUUAAAUAUCUGACAAAUGUUACAACCUAGGUUAUCUAUUAAUAAA